AUGUCUGAGGAAAAUAUGGGGGAAGAGUCGAGCAGCCCCCCUGGCUCUCCUGUGGACAGCCUGAGCAACAGCGAGGGGGAGCUGGAUAGACAGCCGAAGAGAUGUGGGAGGAAGAGGAGACCGAGCAGGAAAAACGGGGAGGACUCAGAUAGCCCUACCCCUGGGAAAAGAGGGAAGAAGUCCAGCAGCAGCAGCCCCCAGUCUUUCGAGGAUCUCCAGACGCAGCGGGUCAUGGCCAACGUCCGGGAGCGCCAGAGGACCCAAUCUCUCAACGAGGCGUUCGCAUCUUUGCGGAAAAUUAUUCCCACUUUGCCCUCGGACAAACUCAGCAAAAUACAGACCCUAAAACUUGCAUCCAGAUACAUCGACUUCCUCUACCAGGUGCUGCAGAGCGACGAGCUGGACUCCAAAAUGUCAAGUUGUAGUUAUGUGGCUCAUGAGAGGCUGAGCUAUGCCUUCUCUGUGUGGAGGAUGGAGGGCGCUUGGUCCAUGUCAACAUCUCACUAACAUCUGGAGAAAUUAUGCCCAAAAUGGUGACUGCUGAUUAUCAAAUUCGGAC